AUGACAUUAAUGAUCAUCAUUACUUUUGUACAGUUUAUAAUCGCAACAUUCAACAUGAGGAGGCUGCCGAAAGAAGAAAAGCAAGAAGACUUUAAUGGUCAAUAUUCUGUGUCGCCAGCCAAUAAUGUCAAUGUAUCAAUGCCUCACAAAGAGAAUUUUAAUUCAAAUAAAUCAGUUACAGGCCACCAUCCAUCAUCCAGUAUUGGUCUAACAAACAUAAAUGUUUCAAUGCCGUUUAAUUACGUUAAUUCAGGUGUGUUUAGUUGUAAUAGUAAAGAUAAAACAUCAUCAACUUCAAGUUUCAUGAGAAGACCUUUAUCUUCAACUCCUAUUACACCAAAAAGUACAUUGACAUUAAAUCAAAAUUCAACUUUGACAAGGUUAUCAUCUGGAAAGCGUAAAUUCAUAAGUAAUCGUGGGACCGUAAGGCCUAUACCUAUGGUUGACUUGACAGCAAAUGAGGAUAACAAAGUUCCUGAAAUCAACCAAGACACAUUAAUAGGCAUAUCAAAAGAUUACUUGGAUCAUGGUGACCAGAUUAUAGUAUGUCAAUUAUGUCAUGCUAAAUUAUGGAAAUCUGAGGCAAAUAGGGGACCAAAAAAGGCAAACAAAUCAGACUUUUCGCUUUGUUGUGGUUAUGGUAAAGUUGUGUUACCAGAACUAAAAGAACCUCCUCAAAAUUAUAAAGAUCUAUACUUCGGUGGAGAUUCCAAAAGCAAGUUUUUCUUAAAAAAUAUCCGUCGCUAUAAUUCGAUGUUCUCAUUCACUUCAAUGGGAGGGAGAAUUGACAGAACUGUCAAUCGUGGAAACGCUCCAUUCGUCUUCAGAUUAAGUGGACAAAAUUAUCAUACAAUAGGAAGUCUUUUACCCCAGGAAGGUGAAGAGCCAAAAUUCAGCCAGAAUUCGUCUUCAUCAAAUGAACAAGCUAUUGAUGUGGAAAUUAUAGAAGAACUAAAACGUAUGUUAGAUUCUCAUAAUGCGUUGGUUAAAAGUUAUCGGAUGGCUAGAGAUUGUUUUAAACAUAAUCCUCAUAUUGAUCUAAAGCUCCGUCUUAUUGGUAAGAGAUCGAAAGACGGAAGAACAUACAACCUACCGGAAGCAUCUGAAGUUGCUGCAUUGGUUGUUGGAGACAUAACUCAGGCUGUUGAAAAUCGAGAUAUUGUUGUCAAAACUAAAACAGGGCGUAUAGAGCGAAUUAGUGAAUUACAUCCUUCUUAUCUUGCUCUCCAAUAUCCUCUGUUAUUUCCUUAUGGGGAUGAUAUGUAUAGAGUUGACAUUCCGCACAGAGGUGUUACACCCUCAAGUGAUAGCAAACGGCCUAUGUGUACAAUGAGAGAAUUUUUUGCUUAUCGAAUCCAGGACCGGGUGAAUACUUUCUCACUCCUUCAUAAUGCAAAACGACUUUUCCAACAAUUUGUGGUAGAUGCAUACACUAUGAUUGAGAGUGAAAGGUUGUUUUACAUACGCAGACAACAAACUCAUUUGAGAUCAGAUUCUUUUGAGAACAUACGAAACGCAAAUAAUGAGGGAAACAAAGAUAUGUCGAAAAUGGGCACUCGUGUCAUACUUCCUUCUUCUUUCACUGGCGGUUCUCGCUAUAUGAUGCAAAAUUAUUUAGAUGCAAUGGCUCUAUGCAAAUGGUUCGGCUAUCCAGAUUUCUUCAUUACUAUUACAUGUAAUCCAAAGUGGCCGGAAGUCAAAAGAUUUUUGAAAGACACUAUCAUUAAACCUGAAGACAGGCCAGACAUAUUAUGCAGAAUUUUUAAAAUGAAGCUUGAUUCCAUAAUCAAAGACUUGAAGGACAAUGAGUUACUUGGAAAAGUUAAUGCAGUGGUUUACACCGUUGAAUUUCAAAAACGUGGACUUCCUCAUGCGCACAUUUGUAUAUUUAUGCAUUCGGAUAGCAAGAUAGCGUCUGUUGAUUAUCUAGAUCCAAUCAUUUCUGCUGAAAAUCCUGACAAAAGUGAAGAUCCCGAAUUGUAUAGACUUGUGGGAGAAUUCAUGAUUCAUGGUCCUUGUGGUGUUCACAAUAUGAAUUGCCCAUGCAUGAUCGACCGAAAAUGUUCGAAAAAGUUUCCAAAGAAGUUCAUUAAUGAUACCUGCUUGGAUAAAAAAGGCUUUCCAUUAUACCGUAGAAGAGAUUCGGGUUCAUUUGUUGAAAAAUCUGGUGUCAAAUUAGAUAACAGGUAUGUCGUUCCAUAUAAUAAACUGCUCUUAAAAAGAUACCAGGCACACAUUAACGUUGAGUGGUGCAAUCAAGUUGGUUCUAUCAAAUAUUUGUUUAAGUACAUUAACAAAGGUCCAGAUAAAACAACUCUUAGAGUCGUGGAAAGUGACAAUCAAGAUGAUCAGGAACCAGCAAUAGAUGAGAUAAACCAGUAUUAUGAUUGUAGAUACAUUUCUGCAUGUGAAUCGUCAUGGCGAAUUUUUUCAUAUGAUGUUCACUAUAGGCAUCCUUCAGUUAUGCGACUUCCUUUCCAUCUACCUGGUCAACAAAAUGUAAUUUACGGUGCAGACGAUGACAUUGAUAAUGUUCUCAACAAACCAUCUGUUGCUUCUUCAAUUUUCUUAUCUUGGAUGAAGUUAAAAGGACCCAAAUCAUUUGAAGAUAUUCGAACAGUUAACGGACAUGUAUAUCCUACAUUUAGAGAUGCAUGUUAUGCUCUUGGCCUUUUGGACGAUGAUAACGAGUAUAUUGAAGCUAUUAAGGAAGCAAAUAUUUAUGGAAAUGCUUAUUAUCUACGAACAUUAUUUGGAACAAUGCUAAUGUCUGGUAGUUUGUCUAGACCGGAUUUUGUAUGGGAAAAUACAUGGAAAUAUUUGUCAGAUGACAUUAUCUACAGACGACAAAACGCUUUAGAUGUUGAUGAAUUACCGUAUUCAGAAUAUCAAAUCAAGAAUUUGGCUUUGUUAGAAAUCGAGAAAUUCUUACUUCGUAAUAACUCAUCGCUGAGAAACUAUACAACUAUGCCUUAUCCUGAUGACGAGUCUAUUUCUUCAGCAAACAAUCGUUUGAUUAAUGAAGAGUUAUCGUACGACCAGAGUACACUGGAAAAUGAGUUAAAUACUAUGUUAAUAGCUUUAACAGAUGAACAACGACACGUUUUUGAUGAUAUCAUGGAAGCUGUUAGGCGAAACAAAGGAGGUGUUUUUUUUCUUUAUGGAUACGGUGGUACUGGUAAGACUUUUCUAUGGAAGACAUUAUCUGCAGCCAUUCGAAGUAAAGGUGAAAUUGUAUUAAAUGUUGCUUCAAGUGGUAUUGCAUCUUUGUUACUAUCAGGAGGUAGAACAGCGCAUUCUAGAUUUGCCAUUCCUUUGAAUCUAAAUGAGGAUUCUCUUUGCCGAAUCAAGCAUGGGACCGAUAUUGCACAUCUAUUACAAAAAACGCAACUUAUUAUUUGGGAUGAAGCUCCGAUGAUUCACAAACAUGCAUUUGAAGCAUUAGAUAGAAGUUUAAAAGACAUACUCAGUGAUGAUUCUUCAAAUAACAUAGAUUUACCGUUUGGAGGAAAGGUAAUUGUGUUUGGCGGUGACUUUCGACAGAUUCUUCCGGUUGUUCCUAAUGGUUCUAGACAAGACAUUGUUAAUGCUUCAUUAAGUUCAUCGUACAUUUGGAACAAAUGCAAACUUCUUAAGCUAACAAAAAAUAUGAGGUUAACCGUCGGAAGUGACAAAUCGGUUAUUAAAAAGACCAAAGAUUUUGCCAAAUGGCUUUUGGAUUUGGGAGAGGGAAAGGUUGGUGGAGCAAAUGAUGGUGAUGCUGUAAUCGAUAUACCUAAAGAUAUAUUGAUUAUUGAUUCUAUCAAUCCGAUUGGUGAGCAAAAGGAGUAUCUUAGUUCUGAUUCAAUAUGCCAAUCCGAGAAUGUAAAUGAGAAUAUGCAACACAAUGUAUACCCUCCGGAUGUUCUAAAUGGUCUUAAACUUUCAGGGAUGCCGAAUCACAAGUUAGUUUUAAAAGUUGGUGUUCCGGUAAUGCUUUUACGUAACAUUGAUCAGAAAAAUGGCUUAUGCAACGGGACUAGAUUACAAGUCAUUACACUCGGUGAUCGUGUUAUUGAAGCAAAGAUCAUUUCAGGAAGUAACAUUGGAACACGGACUUUUAUUCCAAGAAUCAAUUUGUCACCAUCAGAUAAACGAAUUCCUUUCAAGCUACAAAGAAGACAGUUCCCACUUUGUGUUUGUUUCGCAAUGACAGUAAACAAGAGCCAGGGUCAAUCAUUAUCAAAGGUUGGUUUAUUUCUAAGGCAACCUGUUUUCACUCACGGUCAACUCUACGUGGCACUCUCAAGAGUUAAAAGCAUGGACGGCUUAAAAAUUCUAAUCUUAGACAGUGAAGGGAAAAUUACAAAUAAAACAACCAAUGUUGUUUACAAAGAGAUAUUCUCAAAUUUGUAG